AUGCCCAACGACGAAGGCGAGCGACAGCGUAUGGACAUACAUUACCACAGUUUGCGCCUCGCAAUGAGGAAUGUAUUGUUUUGUGCUCCAAUCGAGCACCCAACUUCAGUCAUUGAUGUUGGAACGGGGACGGGCAUAUGGGCCCUCGAUAUGGCCGACGCGUAUCCUGGGGCGUCAGUGCUGGGAAUUGAUCUCAGUCCCACACAGCCUAGUUGGGUGGCUCCUAAUCUGGAAUUUCAACUUUUUGAUCUCGAAGAGACCUGGGAUAUGCCCCUGAGGUUUGACUUUGUCCACUGUCGCGAGAUGAACGGUUUCUCCAUCAAAGACUGGCCCAAAUACUUUGAGCAGGCAUACACAUCCAUGAAAGCGGGAGGUUGGAUAGAAUGUCAAGAAUUCGACCUCAAUGUUAUUAGCGAUGACCAUACCAUUCCCGAGGAUAGCUGGGUCAUCCGAUGGCAGAACCUGUGGGAACAAGGUGUACAACAGGCAGGCAUGACUGGCAGAUGCUAUCCCGACAAGAUGGCCGACCAAAUGCGGGAAGCUGGCUUCAUCAACAUCAAUAUCGUUCCGUUCAAGAUGCCAAUUGGACCCUGGCCAAAGGAUCCAGUGCUACGUCAGUCAGGUUUAUUAACGCUCGUCGGAUUGCUUGAAGGAAUUGCUGGUUUAAGUAUGAGAGUCUACACUAAAUUUCUUGGGUGGUCGGUUCAAGAGAUGGAUAUCCUGUUGGCCAAGGUGAGAACCGAGUGGAAAAACAAGAAAAUGCAUACUUAUUUUCCCGUGUGA